GUUCAUCAACCCCGUGACGACGAACGCCGGGACCUUCGUCUCCGGGCACGGCUACGUCAGGGGGAGCUUCGGGAACCUUGCAGCCUACCUGACUUGGAUGCUGGGCUGUCAGAUGUGCGUCGCUUGGUUCGCGGUCUUCCAACUGGGCUGUCUCUGGGGCGUGGCGCAAGCCGGCGCCUGGGACCACCGGUCGGGGGCCUACCUGGCCUACACCUGGCAGCUGGAGAACAAGAGAGGCUACAGGCUGAUGGUGAUGGGAUUUCUGGGCGUCUCUGUCCCCCUGUUCCUGGCCUUUAUCACCUUCCUCCUCUUCUCGGAUGGAAUAGUCUUCGUGGAGUCUCUCCAGUCGAUGCUCAUGAACUAUGGUCUGUGGUGCUACGGCCUCUACAAUCUGCAGUCCUCGUUGCAGCCUCCGUUCCACUGGAAGUCGCGGCGUUUCCGGAUCCUGAUCUUCCGGCGUCCUGCCAAGUACUUCUUCCUCACCAACGACGCCUUCGCCUUGCGGCUGCAGUACGCCCUGGUGGACGAGCGCCGCCAUCAGCGCCAGAGCCCAGAGGCCGCGGCGCAGCCUGCGCAGCUGGAGGCCUGCCGGACUCUCCUGGCCGAGUCUGGAGCCUCCAGCGAAUCCGGCGAGGAAGCCGAGUCGGGGACCCCCACCUCGCCAGGCCUGGCCGAGCUCGUGGUAGGCCCCAGCGAGACGCUGAGGCGGCUACAGUCGGCAGAGUCGCUCACCUCUCCCUGCCUCCUUCCGAAGGGUGGAAGCGAAGACGUGAGAAAGCUUUGAGCAGACUGCUGUCGGGCCUGAGCCCGAAGGGCCCACCGCCGAGCAGGACGUCUAGGAAGCUUUCUUAG